AUGGCAGAUACCGUUACUGCUGGUGCCUGUGCUUCUCCUGCUUCUGAUUCUUUUACUUCUACUCAUCCAACUCAGCCGACACGUUAUCACGUUUUCCUGAGUUUUAGAGGGCCAGAUAGUCGCAAAACUUUUACUGAUCAUUUAUAUGCUGCACUAGUACGGAAAGGGAUUGUAACUUUUAGAGAUGAUGAAGAUAUUAAGAAAGGACAACCUGUUGAAGAGACACUCCGUGAAGCUAUUCAGCAGUCUCUGUAUUUCAUUGUCGUCCUCUCUCAGCGAUUUGCUUCUUCCCGGUGGUGUUUGAAUGAGUUGCUGCAGAUCCUCCAGGAAGCCAAGCAAAAGGAGAAAAGAGUCUUGCCGGUUUUUUAUGAUGUUGAACCGGGUAACAUUGGACUAGCUUUGGCUAAACUUGAAGGAAAAUAUUCAAAUAAGACAAUAGAAAGAUGGGAGCGAGCUUUGUCUGAGGUUGCCAAAUUCGCUGGUUGGCCCGCUAAAAAUAGACAUGAAGCAAAACUAGUUGAAGAAAUUGCCACAGAAAUAUGGAACAAAUUAUGUGUUGAACUGCCAUCUAAUUUCGAAUAUUUAGUUGGAGACAUGAAAUCAAAAGCGGAACGGAUAAUCUCCCUUCUAGGGAUAGGACUGGAUCAUAAAUGUAUCAUAGGAAUAUGGGGAAUGGGUGGCGCAGGCAAAACCACUCUGGGUCGUUUUGUUUAUAAUACUGCCAAUAAGAAAGGGAACUUUGAAGCUAGUUGUUUUCUUGCCGAUAUAAGGGAGGAUUCAAAAAAGUUUGGCUUAGUUCACUUACAAAAGAAGCUCCUUUCUAAUCUUCUACAAAUGAAAGAACUAGAUAUAAAGGAUUCCUUUCAUGGAGCAGAGGUAAUAAGAACAUUUUUACGCCGUAAGAAAGUUCUUAUUGUUUUGGAUGAUGUGAGCCAUAGAAAACAGCUAGAGUAUUUGGCUAGAAACAAGGAGUGGUUUGCUGAGGGAAGCAAAAUAAUAAUAACUACAAGAGAUAAACACUUGCUAACACAAUAUGAACAUUCUUAUGAGUUCAGAGUUGGCAUGUUACCUGAUGAUGAAUCCCUUAAGCUCUUAAACCAGAAUGCAUUCAAGAAGGAUCAGCCAGAGAGUUUUACAAAAUUAUCAGAAGAAGUAGUUGGAUAUGCUGGUGGACAUCCUAUGGCACUUGAAGUCUUGGGAUCAUUUCUUUGUACAAGACAAGAACAUGAAUGGAGACGCACAAUAGAUACGUUAACGCAAUAUUUACGCAGAGAAAUUUUAAGCCAACUUCGCGUUAGUUAUGAUGAGCUGGAAGAAGAGUACAAGACAAUAUUUUUGGAUAUUGCUUGUUUCUUUAACAAGGAGGCCAAAUAUAAGGUGGCAAAUAUGCUGAAAAUAUGCGGUCUAGAUGAAAUAGUUGGAAUCAAAGUUCUUGCUGAGAAAUCAUUACUAAGUUCCCCCCAAUCAAAUCUGAAAUUGUUGCAAAAUGCAAGAGAAUGUCAGAACAUGCAUGAUAGUCUUGAAAAGACGAGAGGGAAUUACACUGGAAUGGAGGCACUUCCGCGGGAGGCGUUGGAAGAAGAGGCUUCAAAAGAAUACCUGAAUAUGCAUUAUUUGCUUCAAGAGAUGGGAAGGAUCAUUGUCUUCCAAGAAUCUCCAAUUAAUGCCGGUGGACGCAGCAGAUUGUGGUCAUGGGAGGAUAUCAAUCUUGUAUUGAAGGAAAAUAAGGGAACCAAACACGUUCAAAGUAUAAUUUUGGAGACACAGCAAAAUGUUGUUGAAGCGGAUUGGGACGCUAACUGCUUUUCAAAGAUGAUAAAUCUUAGAUUGCUGGACUUGAGUAAGGAUCGUCUGCCUUCAAUUGACGAAUUAUGGAAUCUCCAAAGCCUUCAACUGUGCAAUAGCAAAAUCAAAAAACUAUGGAAAGAAAAUACGGUCUUGAAUAAGCUGAGGAUCAUUGAUAUGAGUGGUUCAGAAUGUCUAAGUGAAACCCCAGAUUUGAGUGGAACACCAAACCUUGAAGAGUUGUUACUUAAUGGUUGCAGAAACCUGAUUCGGGUUGAUGAAUCUGUCGGACAGCUGAAGAAGCUGGUUAGGUUGGGUUUGAAAGGGUGUAGAAUGCUUGAAACUCUACCCGCUCAGUUGGAAACGGAUAAUCUACGAGGGCUCAUUCUUAAGGGAUGUUUCGCACUUGUGAAGCUGCCCGACUUUGGUCAAAAUAUGACAAAUCUAUAUUUCCUUGAUGUGAGCGACACUGGGAUCACUCAAAUUCCUUCAACCAUCAGUAAUUUAAUAGGUCUCAAGAUCUUAGACGUGUGGAAUUGCAACAACCUUGAGUCCCUACCUGCUGAUCUUCCUCCUCAUUUAAAUGUGUGUGCAAACAACUCUCCCAAGCUGAAAGACGCAAUAGCUCAACUUAAUCUCUGUGCACCGCUUGUACCAAUGCGCCCUGUGGAUCUGCAGGGUCCCAUUCACAUCUUUGUUGAAUUCGAAGCAGGGGCAACAACCUUAGAAUGGUUUAAAUGUUCGGAAUACUGGUGGGGUAAGGAUCCCUCAUCAGGUGAAUUUGCAACCAUAACAGCAGACAUACCUUCCAAAGUUGUUGCAGAUUCUAAUGAACAAUGCUGGGGAAUUGCUGUAUGCCUUUUUCUUAAAUCCAAAUCUCAAGCAUCGCAAAGAAGUUACAUAGUUUGGAGUUUCCAAAAUGGAUGCCAUAGCGACGAUAAAACUAAAAUGGAUGGAAACCUGGAGCCGGACGAUGAUUGUGUGGUUUAUGUUGGAUUUUACCCUCUUGAUAAUAAAAAGCGUCGCGAAGCCAGCCAACUCCAUUUAAGUCUUUCUAUCCUAACAACCAGCACUGCUAGGGAUCUCCAUGAUUGGGAAAUAAGGGGAUGUUGGUGGCGUCUGGUAAGAAAAGUUAAGUUUGAUAAAUGGAGGGAAGAUGAUGGAGCAGCAUCACCUUCUGGACAUGGCUCCUCUAACAGUGAGAGGGGAGAAAGUGGCCAUGGCGUUACCGAAAGGCGUGGAAAAAGAAAAUAUGAAGAAAUUCUGUAA